CACACGUGUCUGCAGAUAUCUACUUUGCCGACUGCGUGACGGAAUAAUAUUCAAUAAUAAUCUCGUGAAAGUCAAAUAACUCCUUGAAUUCGUAUCGAUCUCUAUUUGUUUCUGAUUACCGUGAGCUGGCUGAUUUAUUGUUGACGUUUCGACAUCGUGAUAAUUAAAUGAUAAUGCACCGGAUACUCGUGACUGCAUAGAACGAGUGAUUUGUUGAAUCGUAUUUAAUUGUUGAAAGUUUAUCGGUAAUAAUGGGUAAACUAGAACUGCAACAAAGCCUGGUUGGACACAAAGGCAGAGUAUGGAAUGUUUGCUGGCACCCUGCUGGUGAGUCGCUUGCCUCUUGUGGAGAGGAUAAGACCAUCAGAAUUUAUAUGCAUGACAAGUCAAAAUGGACGAUAAAAACCAUUUUAACAGAGGGUCAUACUAGAACAAUAAGAGAAGUGUCUUGGUCGCCUUGUGGCAAUUACAUUGCUUCUGCAAGCUUUGAUGCAACGGUUGCAAUUUGGGAUCAAAAAUCAGGGCAAUUUGAAUGUAAUACUACCUUGGAAGGUCAUGAGAAUGAAGUAAAAAGUGUUAGUUGGUCUGCUAGUGGCCAAUUGUUGGCAACAUGCAGUAGAGACAAAUCUGUCUGGGUUUGGGAAAUACAGGAUGAAGAAUAUGAAUGUGCUGCUGUCAUAAAUGCCCACACUCAAGAUGUCAAAAAGGUGCGGUGGCACCCACAGAAGGACAUUUUGGCCUCAGCAAGUUAUGACGACUCAGUAAAGAUCUUCAAAGAGGACACAGCGAGCAGUGACUGGAUAUGCGUGUCAACCUUGAAUUCGCACGCAUCGACAGUUUGGAGCUUAGCAUUUGACGCUAGUGGAAACCGACUUGUAACGUGUAGCGACGAUAAAACACUGAAGAUUUGGCAGCAAUAUGAGCCAGGCAACGAAAUGGGGAUCGAGACGCCAGACAACGAACCUGUCUGGAAAUGCGUCUGCACGUUGUCGGGCUUCCACUCGCGAACCAUUUACGACGUGGACUGGUGUAAGAAAACGGGUUUAAUUGUAACGGCUUGCGGCGACGACAUUGUACGCGUAUUCCGCGAAGAUAGCGAUUCCGACAAGCAUCAGCCGUCUUUUAGUCUUGUGUGCACGAUGGACAACGCGCACACUCAGGACGUUAAUUGCUCGCAGUGGAAUCCAUGCGUGUCUGGUGUCAUUGCCUCCUGCAGCGAUGACGGAAGUGUCAAAGUUUGGCAAUAUAGCGACGACUAAUUUAUGUAAAAAAACUCUGUAUAUUUGGAGAACAUAUAUUUUAUUGUUAUUUUCUAU